AUGUCUUUAGAUGUGGACGAGGCUAACAUGGUUGCGAUAGACGAGGAAGCUCUGAGGGCAGUCGCCGAUGGCGGCUCAAUGGACCUCGAGAAAUGGGCUGCUAUGACCGGACCACUGCUUGAACGGCUCAACCACAUCGUCUUCGAGGUGUUCCCCAUGCCCAAAGUGCCCGCGCAACCUUUCGAUCGGCCUUCGUACCCUCAGUCUACUUCCCAACAAACCGACGCGAACACUGCUCCUCUUGAGAGCAGUCACAAGGAGAAUGUAGCCCCUGGCGACCCGCAAACUACUUCCCAGUCCCAGGAAACAGCUGAUUCUCUUGCGUCAACCGAGCGCGUGCCUGACUCCCAAACUCAAUCUUCCUCUCACGACAACGGUUCCCUUCCUCCCCAGCUUGCGCUGCUGCUGAACUCGAUCCGCUCGUCAAUUCAGGCACACUUCAUGCAGAAACCUCCUCACACCAUUCAGAGAUUCGCAGAGCUUAUCCUUCACCCCACUGCCCACUACCGAACGCUACCCGCCUAUUUGCGCGCCGUGGAUCGCGUCAUCUCCGUAACAAGCAGCGCCGAUAUCUUCCCCUUCACCACACCUGCAAACACCAGUUCCCAAUCGAAUGGUUUUGUGCAACCUAGCAAUAGCGCGGGCACCUAUUUGACCCCCGACUAUGCCAAUAGCUUGGGUAGCGAUGAAUCCCUGGGUGGUGCGCUUCUCACACCAAUCCCGUGGUUAACCGCUGGUUCCUACGGAGCCGAGAGCGUUGCUGGACUAGAAGAUGAGGACCCUGUACCCGCGCCAGCAGAGGAUAUGGAUACUGGCGUGCCAGACGCCGCGGAUCCUGCGGCAACACAGGCUGAGGGCGAGGAGUGUACAGGUACAACUACUUCCCCACCGGCAGAUUCUUCCGAUGAGGUCCCCCACGCCCGUGGACCACCAGUUGUAGGCGUCGAGGACCUGGGCCUGCAGGAUGGCAAAGGGGUGGAGAUGACUCUCGAAGAGCAGAAUCAGGAUGCUGGCAUCGAUGAGACAUCUACUGCUCAGCCACAGGCUUCUGCUUCUACGUCCAUCGGCGAGCCGAAGGCGAGUGGUGAGACAACUACUACGGAUAGGGACGGUGAUAUUGUUCCUGAAGAUACCAAGCCCAAGAGAGAGGCGUCCCAGAAUGAAACCCAGAAUGAAAACACGACAGGAACACCCCAGAUGGGUGAAGAGGAUUCUCAGGCAGCUGGCAAUUCCUCACGACCGUCGGAGUCGAUGGAGAAGGAGUAA